GUGCGUAUCGUCGUCGAAUACGGAUCUUCCAUUCUCCAUUCGUUCUCCGUUCGUUCUUCGGUUAACUCAGACACAUUCGGGAAACAUGCUGAAGUCUUACCCCGCUCGAUAUCCUAUCAGCAGAGCUAACACUGGUACUCGAGUGAUUCGUUUGACAGUGGAUCAGGAAGCGGUUCUUCAAGAGCAGUUUAACAGAUGGCCAAGAGCACCUCAUACAGCGGACGUUGUACUCCUUGCAGCUGAAACAGGUCUUUCCGAGGCGGACGUUGAAGGAUGGUACGCUAUCAGAUUAGCUCAAUGGCGGAAAGAACAGGGUCUCGGCGGGAAUCUGGGCAUACACUGAUGAUCGUAUGAGAGCGCUCGCUAUAUACGCCAAAUUCUCAAUCUCGUCUCACUUUUGUACCUGAAAUUCUUACAUAUAUACGGGCAGAUGUAAUGGACCGAUAGCAAUUUAUGAGAAAGAGAGAGAGAGAGAGAGAGAGCAAUGUACUUCUUUUCCUUAAACUCGCUGAUUUUAGACAGUUUAAAUUUCAUUGUAUUCAUAGAAGUAUUAUUUAUUGUAAAUGUAAAUUUAUUGUAAAACAGAAAAAAUGACGUUCGUGCAGAAAAUAAAUUAUUAAUUGUACGAACGCGUAAUGUAUU